AUGACCAAAUGCCUCGAUUGGGGACUCUUCUCAGGACCGCAACAUCGGCGAAUAUAUGUUAGAAGUAGUGAUGAUUCAGGCGGGGCAUGGGAAGCUGCGGAGAAAAAUCUGAAAGAUCGACUUGCUCCUAGCUCACUGAUAGAUCAGGUUCUAUUGCAAUUGACAUCUAUGCGCGGAUCACAAUUUCCUUGGGGUCACUUCUCAAAGCUGAAUCACAACAGUUUGGGCUGCGACAUGUUGAAAUUUUUGAUUUGUCAUAUCUAUUCAUUGACAGUCUUGGCGGGAUUGCUUUACAUGGAGAAACUGUCAACCACUUCAACGAUUCAAUCUUUUGUUUUUUUUGGACGAAAUGUAUCCCUGCCCACCAUCGUAUUUAUGGCGCGAUUCAUGAGCACCCCGAUUCUACUGACGGGUCUUUGUGCUUCGUUCGAAGCUAUGAAUUCGGCCCUAGCGGUCCUCGCCCACCUCACACAUCCACUUCUUUGCCGACUUGGUUUCCCUGAUGUGAUUUGCGAGUUCGCCGACCCGGUUUACUAUCCGCCGCUCUUCGAAAAUGUCUUUGCGUUCAAUUCGUUAUCAGAAUUUUGGGGAAAGACCUGGCAUCAACUUUUCCGUCGGUCCUUCGUCGUUCUGGGAGCAUUCCCACUGGGUGGUAUGGCACGAGCUCUAGGAUUCAGCACUCAAGCCCAGAAGAUGGCGGGCUUUGUCGGCGCUUUCAUGGCUAGUGGUUUCAUGCACGCCUAUCCAUUCUUUCUAAUGGCAGAUCCCACCACCUCCCACGGGAAUGUUUCGCGACUAGAGAUAUUCUGCGUGUUCUUGUGCUUUGUAGUCCAAAGUUUAGGAGCUCUAAUUGAGCCGAUCUUGAUACCACUUAUACCCAAGCGUCUUGGCGGGGGAAGACUUUGGACAAUUUCCUUUCUCCUCCUGACUCUCCCACUGUUUUCUAUGGCAACCAACAAACCCGCAAGACUGUUCUCAAUUUUCAAGCCACUUGAUGAAUGGAGUAUCCACUAUCUCUUUCUUCCAGCAGUUCUUACCCCUAUCGUCCUCUGAAGUAGUCUUUUAUCCCAUUUUCCUCUGAAGUAGUUUCUUAUUCUUUUAUUUUGUGAAGAAGUCGAACCCGUUGUGAUUUAUUACCUUUUGAUAUAAUAUUAAGUUAAGUAUACCGUUAAAAACUUGUGAGAUCUCAUUCCAUUCUCAACUAGCCUGUGGACUUGUUAGUUACCUAAAAAUAGAAUUAUUCUGUGCUUUCCAAGGAUUACAAUCACAAAGGAACAAUUAUAAAGAUCG